CCAGGCAGCCUUGCUCCGAGUUCUUGCUCUUCACCCCUGUGCAUUCUCCUGGGAAUGCAGAGCCUGGGCAGCAGUCGGAAGUGAAAUGGAUGCAGCAGAAUGUUAGGACUUCAGCGACUGAGUACGAAGUCAUACGGAAGCGUCUCCUCAUUGAUGGAGAUGGUGCUGGAGAUGAUCGAAGAAUUAAUCUGCUUGUGAAAAGCUUCAUUAAAUGGUGCAACUCUGGAUCCCAGGAAGAGGGAUAUAGCCAAUACCAACGUAUGCUAAGCACACUGUCGCAAUGUGAAUUUUCAAUGGGCAAAACGUUGCUGGUAUAUGAUAUGAAUCUCAGAGAAAUGGAAAAUUAUGAAAAAAUUUACAAAGAAAUAGAAUGUAGCAUCGCUGGAGCCCAUGAAAAAAUUGCUGAGUGCAAAAAGCAAAUUCUUCAAGCAAAACGAAUACGAAAAAAUCGCCAAGAGUAUGAUGCUUUAGCGAAAGUCAUCCAGCAUCAUCCAAACAGGCAUGAAACUUUAAAGGAACUAGAGGCUCUGGGUAAAGAAUUACAGCAUCUUUCACAUAUUAAAGAAAGUGUUGAAGAUAAGCUGGAAUUGAGGCGGAAACAGUUUCACGUUCUUCUUAGUACCAUCCACGAACUUCAGCAAACACUGGAAAAUGAUGAAAAACUCUCUGAAGUAGAAGAAGCUCAAGGAACAAGCAUGGACACAGAUACUAAGCCGUAGACAAGCUACUCUCGCACCAUCCCAAGAAUAUUGACCUGACUAUGAUCUUAGUGUGUUUGGAAACGUUUCUGUUCUUGAGACGCUUAAAAUUUCUGUAGUGAAAUACUUUGCUUUUAAAAGUGAUGCACAUUUUAUUUGCAUUUCUACACACAACAGAAAAUGACUUCAGCACAGGCUUGGUUUUAUCCAAAUUCGUUUUCCCAAAAUGUCUAAUAAACUGAUUUCAAGCAA